AUGUCGGUCAGAAAACUUAGGGCAAGGGGCACGGGUUCGAAGCCGAAACCUGCGACGCCCAAGAAGUCUGCACCAGAGAAACCCACACCGAAGGUCCCACCUUUGAGGGUAAAGGCCGAUCUCGUUCACGAUCGUUCUACGGAUAAAGCCGAGGUGUCUUCCGACAGGUCGCUGCUGGCCAAGAGACGCAAGGAGCAAGAAUGGCAGAAGAAAGAAUUGGCUCGUCAAAACAAGGCUGUGGAGCGUCGGGCCAAGAAGAUCGCCAAUGGUGUCUUGUACAAAGGCAGAUGGAUUGAGCCUGUGGUAAAGAAACCUUUGGUUUUUAAGGUUGAGAACGGGCUUGAGGGUAGCGAAGGGUGUCCGGUCGUGAUGGAGGACGAGGAGAUGAUGGCCCAUAGGAGACAUUCGAGCCCAAGGGUGGUGAUACCUAUGAAAAGCCGCGACUAUCGAAAGCAAUUUCGAGAGCUGGAAGAGUACGAAGAUCGAGUCCCCACCCUCGCUAACGCUGUUACUACUGCCGCCAUUCCUGACCCAAUUGCAGAAAUGUUCGAAAACCACCUGUUGAACGAACAAGACGGUGUCGGAUCGCUGUGCGACUUCGUGGUCGAUGACGAUGAGGAACCAGAAUGGAUUUGA